AUGUCGUCCCCUAGCUCGAGGUUUACGGACUUGGUCCUAUCUCAGAAAUAUGAUGCGUCACGCGCAGAUGAAGUACGGUCCAUCACUGGAGCAGACCUGACCAUUGCCGACGUCGUGGCAGUUUCGAGGCACCUUGCAUCCGUCGAGCUCUCCUCCUCGUCCAUCGAAGCCAUUGAAGUAUGCAGCAAGAUUAUCCCAAAGAAGAUCUCUCAGGGCGAGGUCAUCUACGGAGUCAACACCGGAUUCGGUGGCAGUGCUGAUGCCAGGUCCAACGACGUCGAGUUGGUUCAGCAGAGUCUGAUCAACCACUUGACUUGUGGAAUCGUUGCCGACGGCAAGUCCCAGCAGGCACCCAAGACCAACGGAACCAACGGCCACACAAACGGCCACACAAAUGGGCACAAGCAAACAUCCCCCAAGACUUCUCUCCCGCUCAACGACCCGUUUGCCGUUACCUGCAUGCCGGAAUCGUGGGCGAGGGCGUCUAUGCUCAUCCGUCUUAACUCAUUGGCCGGUGGAGCCUCCGGUAUCCGGGUUGAUAUCGCAGAAAGUCUCAAGAGCCUCCUGAACAAAGAUGUCGUGCCAACCAUCCCCGUGCGUGGAAGUAUCUCGGCGUCCGGAGACUUGAGCUCUCUCGCCUGGAUCUGUGCCUUGAUGCAGGGCAAGACAUCUGCCACAGCAUUUACCGGCCCCAGAGACGUUGAGGGUGGCCGAAAGGUGACACGGGCAGACGUCGCUCUGGCGGAAGCCGACAUUGCUCCCAUCAGCCUCCACGCCAAGGAAGGUCUUGCCAUUGUGAAUGGUACUGCUGUAUCUGCAGCCGUUGCUGCUCUCGCUGCUCACGAGUCAGUCUCGCUCGCAGCUCUGGCACAGGUGUUGACAGCCAUGAGCGUAGAAGCUCUGAGAGGUAGCGAUGAGAGCUUUGAGCCCUUCAUUGCCCGUAUUCGCCCGCACCCGGGACAAGUCGACAGCGCACGCAACAUCAAGGCCUUCUUGUCCGGAUCACAGUUGCUGAACCGCCACGACAGCCGUUCCAAGGCAACGCUGCGCCAGGAUCGCUACUCGCUUCGCACAUCCAGCCAGUGGAUUGGCCCGGUCCUCGAGGACUUCUGCCUCGCCUACGACCAGCUCACUAUCGAGCUCAACUCUGUCACGGACAACCCGUUGAUCGAUGUCGAGACGGAGCGCGUGUUCCACGGCGGCAACUUCCAGGCGCGUGCCGUCACCUCGGCAGUCGAGAAGCUGCGCCAGGGCCUGCAGAGCAUCGGCCGCAUGCUCUUCACUCAGUGCACCGAGAUGAUCAACCCGGCCACCAGUUGGGGCCUGCCACCAAACCUGUGCUCCGACGACCCCAACGAGUCGUUCCUGUUCAAGGGCCUCGACGUCGUCAUUGCCGCCCUGACCUCGGAGCUGGGCUUCCUUGCCAACCCCGUCGGCUCGCACGUUCAGACUGCCGAGAUGGGCAACCAGGCUCUCAACUCGCUGGCGCUUGUGUCUGCACGCUACACGCUCGAGGCCGUCGACGUCUUGACCCAGAUCACAUCGGCACACCUCUUGGCUGUCUGCCAGGCUCUCGACCUGCGAACGAUCGAGAUUGAAGGCCGCAAGGCCGAGGCCCCUAAUGCCCUGCCUCACAUUGGCUACGCUUCGCAGCGCAUCUACCGCUUCAUCCGCAACGAGCUGAACAUUCCAUUCCUUGACGAGUCCCAACUGAACUCGAAGGAGGCUGGAAAGGAAAACGGCGUGACACCAAGCAUGGGUCUCUUUAAUACGCGCGUCUACGAGUCCAUCAGAUCUGGACGCCUGCACACUGUUGUUUCGGACAUUUUCGAGGGAGUCGGAAAGGACUAG